AUCUCCGCCUCCCAACCGUCAGAGCACAUUGCUGGGCUACAAGGUCCAUCCCUUCUUUCUUUCCUUCGCAUUGUUCGCUUGCUGCGCCUCCAAGCACCAUGCAUGUACCCAUCGCCUCGAGUAACGAGAGGGCGACUCUGGUACCACGGUACACGGAAACUGGGUUUCUGAGCCCACAUGUGCAGGCGGGAUGGGGCUACGCCUCAGUUGGUGUAACGCUGCCUCUCAUGCUGGUAUUGCUGUUCUUGCGACUCUAUACCAGGAUUAGAAUUACACGCAAGGUUGGCGCGGAUGAUUAUUUGGCCAUUAUCGCUGCGGUUUUCAACACAGCGAACUGUGGGCUGUUAAUUUGGCUAAUCCGUGAGCUGGUCCAACGCCAUGCCACAGGCGACUUGUGGGGCUUCACUUUCUCCAUGAGCCCGAAGUGCAGAUACGUCUACAAUUGCAUUUACAGCGCCUCGUGCAUCUUCGUCAAAUGUGCACUCUUGGUUCACUAUCUUCGAAUCUUCAAGCCGAGCUUCAGAGCACGAUUGAUGAUCUGGAUCGGGAUCGUUGUGGUCAUUCUUGCCUACCUCGGCACUGGAUUUUCGUGUCUAGCGCUUUGUUUUAUGGGCAAGAGAAUGGUCGGUGGGAGUCCCGGUGUGAAAAAGCAAAUGACAGUCGGCGCUAUAUACGACACGACAUUGGCGCAGGGCAUCAUGAAUGUUGUCACAGACUUUUAUUGUUUGAUCAUUCCAUUGCAUCUAGUAAUACGCCUUAGACUUCCACUGGGACAAAAGCUUAGGGUAGCCCUCGUCUUUCUGGUCGGAUUGAUUCCUUGUAUAGCGUCAAUAGCUGGAGUCGUUCUUCGUUUUGAGCAGCGUGUCACGGAAUCUGUAUGGGAAUCGAUGCCCGUAUUAUCUCUAGGAAUCGUCGAGCUCAAUAUCGCACUGAGCUGUAACUGUCUUACCACUCUUGUUGUACUUUUCAAAGACGUCCGAAAACGCCCCGCUUACCUUAGUCUCAAACGGCUCUGGACGAAGCAGAGCGCGAGUGACAUGUCCAACGAGAGUAGCGAAGAAAAGCACUCAGAAGAGAUUCCCGACAAGAUAGUCCAUGACAUCCCCAAUCCCGUCAUGACGGGCUUACGGUCUUUUAUCCGUCGCGUACACAACACAAAGUCUCUGUUGUCGACAAGGCAAACUACUGCUUUCACCGACAUCACCGACGUCUCGGCGGACACGGUUGAAUCUCAGCUCAAGGAGGACUACCACAAUCAACUCAAGGCCAUGCGUUGA